AUGGCUUUUGAAGGUACUUUACAUCAAUAUUAUCCACCACAUGUGGCAUUUGAAUUUGCUCCUACUAAGAAGAAGAAUGCGUUCAUCAUGAUCGGUGGAAUGACGGAUGGUAUAGCUACAGUUCCAUACUGUACUAAGUUGCCCGAGGUGGUAGGGCCCCUGGGUUAUUCCGUAUUCUCCAUUCAAAUGACAAGUAGUUUCAAGGGGUUCGGUAUUUCUUCUCUGGAUCAAGAUAUUCAUGAGAUUAAGGCCUUAAUCAAAUACUUGAGAUCUGAACAAGGUGGUGCUAGAGAGAAAAUAAUUAUUAUGGGACAUUCUACGGGGGCUCAAGAUGUGAUUCAUUUCCUUUUACAUUAUUCCGAUUUGGUAGAUGGAGCCAUAUUGCAAGGUUCUUGUUCUGAUAGAGAAUCAUUCGAUCCCUCUGUGGACCCUAAGGUAUUUCAAAAGAUGAAUGAGGAUGCAUGGGAGUUGGUGCAGAAUGGGAAGAAGGAUCAAUUGCUGAGCUCGGAAUAUUCAAAGCAUAUCAUUGAUACUCCAAUAACUGCCUACAGAUGGUGCUCUUUGAUGAUAAAGGGUGGUGACGAUGAUUACUUUUCCAGUGAUUUAUCUGAUGAAACAUUCAAGACUACUUUUGGUAAGAUUAGUAAACCUUUCUUGAUUGCUUAUUCUGGUGCAGAUGAAUUUGUUCCAAAGACCAUUGACAAGCAAAAAUUAUUGCAAAGAUGGGAAUGUGUAAGUAAUGCCAAAUACUGGUCUAAAAAUUCUGGAUUGGUAGAGGGCGCCUCUCAUUUCGUAGAAAAGCCAAAACCACAACAGAUUCUAUUCAAGAAAAUUCAGAGUUUUAUUAGAGAAUUCUCCUUAUAG